GAGUCGAGAAACCUGCCUAUUUUGCUCGAAAGUACACGUUAAUUAUCUCAAAUCCUGGAAAAUAGGUUUUAAAAUUGAGCUUCUUGUUCAUUUAAUUCGUGCUCAUGUUGGGUUUUUGACUCCUUGAAGACGAGAGGUCCUUGUCCGAGUUUUUGUAGAAUGCACCGUACUGACUAAUGCCGGGUUCAAAACAACUGGGAACUUGUACAUGUCUAACUUCAGUGCGUUCAAAACAACUGGAACUCAGAAAAAACGAGCUCCGACUGGAAAUAAUUGAUUUGAACCGUCAUCCAACUCGGAAUUCCAAUUGGUGAACUCGGGCCUCUUUCUAGAUCUUCGACUUUCCGACCUGAAGAUCACUGACGUCAUGAUUUGACCUUGUGUUUUUCGGAGUUCCUAGUAGUUUUGAAUGCGGCAAAUGUACGGACAACGUGAAAUCCAUAGAUAGGGGGCCUAAUGAAUUUAUUUCAAUUGACUGAUUUCCUUAUAUGAACUGUAACUCGGUAAAAUCGUUGAAAUUGUCUUUGUUCUUUAUAGUUACAGACAUGUAUUUUUCGGUAACUGGUGACGACCCGAUAUUCGGGAUACAACAGCGUCACAGAAGUUGAAAUAAGAUAUGUUGCUUGUGUAGGCUACUAGAAUAUAGAGUUUUUAAGGGGGAUAUAUACGUAUUUAAUAAGGCACUGUAUGCACGCAAAAUUGUAUGCAUUUGUGUUGCACAUCCACAUUCAUACAGUACAGCAUGCCAGGAAAAGUAUUCCAAUAUAUAGUCUACCCGUUGUCUGUCAAAUGAAUGGCCUACCACUAGAUGUCGCAAUGUGAGCAGUGCACCUUAGCCUAGUAGUCUACCGGUAUUAUCUUAUCUUUCUACCGUUUUGUGUAGAUAUCAUCCAACAAUCAUCAACAUUUAUUUAGCCAGUGUGCGCAAUUUUGACCAUGUUCACUUUAGCAUAUUUUCCCCAUUUCACCCACCUCAAUCUAUGGAUUGAGUGAAUUGACAGCUGAGCUGAUUGUGUCACCCAAUAGGUAACUUAAUUGGUGCCUCCUCCCACUGAUAUGACAGCACGACAUUCAAGUUUAUUAAAAGCUUUUCACAAUUCAUCUGGGCCUGUUAUUAUAGGAAUAGCGUCCAAUGCAUCAUCUUUUCUGAGCUGACCAUUUGGGCAUAUCAGGUUCUCUUGCAAUUAUUUGACUGUUCAUCUUAACCAACAAUCAAGGGACCUGUUGCGGUGAAGACCAGAUCAGCAAGGGCACCAACGCAUAUUAUUGAGAUGCAGACUCUUCUGAAGGGCAGAAGAGUGGGCUACUGGCUCAGCGAGAAGAAGAUCAAAAAGAUGAAUUUCCUGGUAUUUGUGGACAUGUGCAGGAAACGAGGCAUAGAAAUGGUUCAGCUGGAUCUGAGUCGGCCCCUGGAGGAGCAGGGCCCUCUGGAUGUCAUCAUCCACAAGCUGGCGGACCUCAUUCUGGCGGACCAGAACGACACGCAGGCCCUGCUAUUGGUGCAGAGUGUCCAGGAUUACAUCGACACCCAUCCUGAAAUGGUGGUUCUGGACCCGCUGCCCGCCAUUAGGACCUUGUUGGACCGCUGCAAGUCCUACCAGCUCAUCCGCAGGCUUGAAGACUGCAUGAAAGAUGAAAGGAUCUGCUCUCCUCCCUUUAUGGUUCUAAGGAGUGAGUGUGGAACCGACACUCUCAAACACAUCCAGAAACAUGGCAUUACCUUCCCUUUCAUUUGUAAAACUCCAAACUCCAACUCCCAUGAGAUGGCCAUCAUCUUCAGUGAGGAGGACCUGAAGGAUGUUAAGCCCCCGUGUGUGAUCCAGAACUUCAUUAACCACGAUGCUGUACUCUACAAGGUGUAUGUGGUGGGAGAGGCCUACUACGUGGUGGAGAGGCCUUCUAUCAGAAACUUCCCUUCUGGACCUGCAGAGAGAAAACCAAUUUUUUUCCACAGUCACGAUGUGUCCAAGCCAGAGUGCGCUUCCGACCUGAAUUCUAGGGACAAUGUGGAGGGGGUGUCCAGGGUGCCUAUCGAUGACGUCAUCAGGGAGAUCUCCAGGUGUCUGCGGCGAGCACUGGAUGUGUCCCUGUUUGGCAUCGACAUAAUCAUCAGCAACCAGACAGGGCAGCAUGCAGUCAUUGACAUCAACGCAUUUCCAGGUUAUGAGGGAGUCCCGGAGUUCUUUGACGACCUACUGAGUCAUCUCACAAGUGUUCUCCAGGAGCAGGCCUUUGAGAGGACCAGCGUGGUCGGGGGACAGCCCCCCGCCGCAGCCCUGGCCGACUGUGGGAAACCCUGCAUGCUCCUGGGAAACGAGGCCAACACCUGGAUUGUGGAGGGAGACUGCGUCAAGAGGGGAGGCAAUCAGGGACUGGGGUGCGACUCUGAAGUUUCGGCCAACUUCCAACAACAUUGUGUGUCUGCCAUCCCCACCAAAGCCUCCUCGCAAUAAUGCCCAGCCCCUAGUAGUGAAGAACAAGCUGUUGUAUGUUAUUUUUUUAUAUAUAUAUAUAUACACACACACACACACACACACACACACACACACACACACACACACACACACAGUGGGGUCCGAAAUUGACACCCUUGAUAAAGAUGAGAAGAAAAUGACCAUCAAAUAAAUAAUUAAAUUACUGAGCUACAUUGUAUGCUCCAUUUUUGUGUUAUAUUAUACAUUUGAUCAGAAAGAGUCAUCUUUUUAAAUGUAUCUGACCAUAGCACUGGUUUCAAUCCAAGUGCCAAUUCCAUUUAGCAAACUCCAGGCAUUUACACUUUUGGAAAUUCAUGAAAAUAGAGCUCUUUAUUUUUGUUAUUUUUGCUUAUCUUCAUCAAGGGUGUCAAUCAUUUUGGACCCCACUGUAUGGGGUCCAAAAUGCCAGAAAAGCUUCAAUGCAUCUUGGCAUAGAUCAGGGUUCUCCAGCCUUGUUCCUGGAGAGCUACUGUCCUGUAUGUUCUCUCCAACCCUAAUCUAGCACACCUAUUUCUAGUAAUUAGCUGGAUAAUAAACUGAAUCGGGUUAUUUACAACAGGAAGGUAGCACUACGGGAACAGGGUUGGAGAGCCCUGGCAUAGAUUCUUCACAUGUCUAACUCCAUCAUUUGGUGUUUCAUUGGUGGUGGAAAACGCUCUCAGGCGCCACUACAGAAUAUCCCAUAAGUGUUCAAUUGGGUUGAGAUCUGGUGACUGAGAUGGCCAUGGCAUAUGGUUUAGAUCAAUGUCAUGCUCAUCAAACCAUUCAGUGACCACUCAUGCCCUGUGGAUGGGGGCAUUGUCAUCCCAUGGGGCCAUAGCCAGGGUAGCCAAAAUAAUGGCCUGCCCAGUAUUUUUAUACAUGACCCUAAGCCGGAUGUGAUGUUAAUUAUUUAAUUAACUCAGGAACCACGCCUGUGUGGAAACACUUGCUUUCAAUAUACUUUGUAUCCCUCAUUUACUCAAGUGUUUCCAUUAUUUUGGUCGUUACUAAUUAAUGUACUUGCUGUGGGCAAGACCACAAGAUUUCUUACAUAUUCUUAAUAUCAGUGUGCUUGCAGAAGGCAAGACCACUCUGGAUUUCAUACAUAGAGUUAAGUGUGCUUGCUUAAAGCAAAACACAACUUUAGAAACUGUUCAUACGUAUUAUUCCGCUGGAACCUUUAGUGCCAAAACUGUAAAAGCUACCAACACCAAAACAACUUUUAAAACGUCCAGACAGCCACUGCUCAGGUUUCUUGAAAAAAAGUCUACGUUUUGAUACUACUAAUACGUUUCACACUACAACCGUAUUUGCAUAAAUCCCAAUGCAUUUCAAUGGAAUUCUGGUCGUAACUAGUCUUCCACCGUUUAAACUAGAAAUGCUAUUAAAACUUUAAAACGUGCAGACUGGUCUGGAAUAGGUUGCUUGUAAACGGCUUUUUGAUGCCAUUUUUAUUAUUUUUGAACUAUAACUGUUUUACAUGUGCAUAAAAGCUCCAUAGGCUUGAAGGGGAAGUUUUUUUUAUUUUAAAGCGAACAUUUUAUACAAAGUGAAGCCAAAUACUCAAAACCCCUUGGUUGUCCCUAUCCUCAUGCCCACCCAUCUCCACGCCUGCCCACCCCUGGGAAGUAUUUGGAUUUGUGAUUGCUCUUGAACCAUUAAAGCUACAAACACCAAACCAACGUUGACUUGUACACGCUGACUCAACGUAGAUUGCUUGUCAAUUUUUUUUUUUUAAUGCUUUUUAAACUAUAACGAUUUUUAAAUUUGCUUCAAAGGCAAAAUGUUGAUUUACCACUGCUCUUGAUCCGUUUCAGCUACUACAACCACCCCAAUGUUGACAUAUGCUGACUGACUCAACUUAAAUGGCAUCAACAGAGCUUUUUUCUACCAUUCCUGCCUCAAACUAUAAAGCUUGUUGUAUCCCCAUCCAUUUCAAUGGUGGAAUGCGGGCUUCAACAUUCUUAACUGAAAUCACUACCACAACUUUCAGAAUGUUCAAACAAAAACAUUUUGAAGAGCUUAAAAACACCUUAUAGGGCUUAUGAUGACAUGGAACUCACUCUAGCCUACUAUACUAGCCCACUAUAACUCCACACCUACAAACCACCCCAAAAUAAGUCACCAUAACACAGCCUAUGAAAACCCUACUACUGCUGUCAAUACAACUAUUUCACAACCAUAAAUAUUCAAUAUUAGCAAGCACACCACGUUUACUACAGUAAAUGUCCUUUUCUAGCUGUUCUAUUUAUUCCCCUCAAUAUAGUCCUGAAAUGAUUUCAGCUAUUAACAUGAAACCAACUUCCAAAUGUGCAGACUAACUCAAAUUACACUGAGAAUCUUUUUGAUAGCAUUUAUACUUUUUGAACUACAACAAUAUUUAAAAUGAUCUACAAUGCAUUUCAAUGGCAAAAAGAUGGUCUAGGUGUCAAUAUUGAAAAUUCUAGACUCAUCGCUUUCACUGUUUUUAAGCUAUCAACACCAAACCAACUUUGAGAUGUUCAGACUGACCCGACUUACAUUGCUUGCAUUCAGAUUUGUUAUACUUUUUGACCUAUAACCACUUAAAAUUAGCAUAAAUUGAACAUGGGUUUCAAUGAGAACAAUAGGAAUACAGUGUUAGCUAUUCAAAAUUGUCCUUGGCCAAUUAUGCUACAAGACCAACUUUAAAACAUUCAGGUUUUAUAAACUAUUUUACUUUUGCAUAAGAAAACAGGGGUAGACAUUUUAAAUGCUACUGCUCUUUAACCAUUUCAGCUACACACAACAUUAAAACGGACAUUUUCAGAAUUUUUUUAAACUAUAGCAAUUAAAAAAUGUCAAAUUGGCAUUUAAUAACCCACCAACAGUAAUAGUAACUCUUGAACCAUUCAAACUAGACCCCAAACCAACAUGUUCAGGCUAUCCAAUCAGUCGUUCCAUCUACCGGCUUUUCAACUAUGACCAGUCACUACCAUUACUACUUCAGUCACUAUCACUACAAUCAUUUAUUUCACAACCAUAAAUACUAUAAAGAUGUCCUUCCAGUGAUAUUUGAACUUUUCCUGUUGAAUAGCAAUAGCCCAAGUAAUGUACACCCACUUAAGAGUAAAAAUGUUGUGAGCAAAAUGUUUUUUAGACAACUGUAAACUUCAAGGAGUAGGGCAUUCAAGGUGGUCUGAUGUCAUUGCACCCCCCCGCUUGAGGAAUAAUAAAGGAGCAAUAGAGACCCCCCCCCCCCCAAUCCCACUUGUCAUAUCAUAAUCGUACCUGAAUCACCUUGAGAUGUGUUUUUUAAGUAAAUCAGGUGUUCAAUGAGGUGAAAAGACUGGAACAGGACUUUAAGACGAGCUCGCAAGCACGAACAUUACCUUUAGGAAAUGUACUUUUCUAGUUAACUUGCUAGUGCUGAGAAGGAAGAUAUAUUUUUUUCAUGAUUUCAGUUGUUCCAAUUUGUUUGUUUUGAUCCACUGGUUUACUGUGAUCACAUCCCUGCUGUUGGAUCUCUGUCAUAUCAAUGACUUUGUCAAAUGUGUCUAUAGGUUCCUACUGAGCCGACAUGGUCAUGCUCUCCUGUAGGGGAGGGCAAGGGGACCCAGCAGCCUUAAUUUAAUUGUGUGUGUGUGUCAGUCUGAUCUUCGAGAUGCGUAUAUGAUAAUUUAUUAUAUUGUAUAUUGUGAAUAUACAUUGAAUGCACAAAACAUUAAGAACACCUAAUAUUGAGUCCUCCCACCCCUCUUGCCCUCAGAACAGCCUCAAUUUGUCAGCGGCAUGGACUCUACAAGGUGUCAAUGUUGAUUCAUACUUCCCACAGUUGUUAACUUGGCUGGAUGUCUUUUGGGUGGUGGACCAUUCUUCAUACACACGGGAAAGUGAGUGUGGAAAAACCCAGCAGCUUUGCAGUUCUCGACACAAACCGGUGUGCCUGGCACCUACUACCAUACACCGUUCAAAGGUACUUAUAUCUCUUGUUGCUCAUUCACCCUCUGAAUGGCACACAUACACAAUCCUUGUCUCAAGGUUUGAAAAUCCGAACUUUAAUAAGGGGUGAAAAUCCUGACAUCAAUAAGAGAUAAUAGCUUUCACCUGGUCAGUCUGUCAUGUAAAGAGCAGUUGUUCUUAAUGUAUUGUAUACUCAGUGUAUAUGAUAAACAAUAUACUGUAUAUCUUUCAGGAUAGAACAUAGCUAGUAUACUACUCUGUAAAAUCCAGAAUAAAUCUCAACUACUUAGGGCUAGAUUUAAUCAGAGCCGCCUUAAUUGUUUCUGUUUAGGCGAAGUUGGAUAUGUAACCGCGUUGGCGCUGUCAUAUCGGCAAGCUGUUCCCGGCGUUAUACAGAUCGUGGACAUUGCUUUUGGAUACUCCUUGUCGCAUUUGUAGAAAUCCCAUGCAGCCGUGCUGCACAUUUUUCCACGGGUUUGUGUGUUGUAAUCUACACCUCGAUUAGGCUGAAUUAAAUCAUUAUUUUGUUUUAAUUUGAUUGUCAUUAUUUCUAUAUAGCCUACACUUUCUCAUUCUGAACUUCUAACUGUGGGAUGGGCGUGGCCACAGAUUGGACAGCUCCAACACCGUUACUCUGACACCACCUAAACAAAAACAAUGAUAUGCUAUGCAGUUUGCCAGUUAUCGCUGAUUUGUUUGAAUCUAGGCCUUGCUGUUUUAUUACUUGUUAAAAGGCUGUGAGUGCAGCAUAGAUAAAUUUCUAUAGAGUUUUAUAACAAAUUUGCUAAAUUAGCUUUGGGGACUUACAUUUAUCAAAGAAGAACCAAGUAAAGAUCAAUUUGGGGAAAUUAAAAGUUCCAACUUGAAAUGUGAGAUGAAUGUUUGUAACCAUUUUCCUGAUGUAUGCUAUUGAACAAAAUGUGUAUGUUGUAUAAAUUGUCAAUAUGGACAUAUUUAUACAAAAAACGGAGACAAUAAAUCAAGGAAGACAAACAAAUGUA